AUGCUUUUCUGUAAACAUGAAUCACCUGCCUCUUGUUCUGGCUUGGGUUUCUGGUUGUGCCUCACUGAAGCAUUGCUCUUCACCUAUUUUGCUUCCCCGUGGCCCGCUGACAGGCAGGGCCUUUUCCCAAGGCUGGAGAAUGUGGGCGUGUUCAAGAAUAUUUCUGUUGUGCCAAGCCAGGCAACCUGUGGGCUCCUGACCAGAAGCAUGCUCUGUGAUGACUCUGCUGCUGUGGACAGUAACUGGCUCUGCACCCAGAGGGUUUGCCUUCAGGACUGUCCAGUCAGGCCCUCACCCCCUACCUCUGCUGCCCCCUUCUGCCUGGGCCUUGGGAGCUGCCUGUCUGCACGUGAGCACGACCUACCUCCCAGUCUUCGUCGCCGCUCUACCAGUUUUAUUUUUGGAAAUCAUAAGAAUUGCUUUUCUUCUCCAUCUCCAAGGCUGGCGGCAUCACUGGCUCUGGCCACGUGGUUGAAAUCUGAGGAAGGAGGUGUAAUGUGUGUCACAGAACAGACAGUGGAUGAGCAGACCGUGUUCAAACUCACAGUAUCUGAGAAAGAGACCAUGUUUUAUUAUCACACGGUAGAUAGUUUGCAGCCUCCAAUAAAAGUAAUGACACUGGGGAGAAUUCUUGUGAAGAGAUGGAUUCGUCUCUUUGUGCAGGUGCAUCAGACAAAAAUCAGUUUCUUCAUCAAUGAGCUGGAGGACGAAAACACAGAAUUUGAUACCAGAGCUCUAAGUGGUCUACUUACACAUUUGGCCUCUGGCCCUCUGCAAAUAGGACAAAGCUUUUAUGGGUUAGAGCAGUUUGUUGGAAGGAGGCAAGACUUUCAAUUAUACCAAGUAGCACUUGCAAACAGGGAGAUUCUGGAAGUGUUCUCUGGAGACCUGCCCAGGCUGUAUGUCCAGCUGCACAGACACCUUCGGGUCUUCCCCCAGGCUCAGCGGCUCUGCAUCCCUAGUGGCGCCAAAGACACCACUGGGAGCAGGGGGUCCAGGUCGAAUCCUGAAUCCCAUCCUCUUUCUUUUGUAAAUGAUAACGAUGUUGGCACUUCGUGGAUUUCACAUGUGUUCACAAAUAUGACUCAGCUCAAUCACAGAGUGACCAUUUCAGUAGAUUUGGGAAGUGGACAGUAUCAGGUGCUUUUUAUUAUCAUUCAGCUCUUUAGCCCCCAACCAACAGCAAUGAGGAUUCAGAGGAAGAAGGACAUGCUAGAUUGGGAGGAUUGGCAGUAUUUUGCUAGAAAUUGCAGUGCCUAUGAAGUGAAAAACAAUGGAGAUUUGGAAAAUCCUGAGUAUGUCAACUGUCACCAACUUUCCAAUGUUACUCCCUAUUCCAAUGGUAACAUCACCUUCAGCAUCCUAACACCUGGAGUAAUUCAUCAUUCUAAGUACAGCGACUUCUAUAAUACACUGUUUUUAGAACUCUGUAAUGAGUUUUUGGAAGCCACACAAAUAAGACUUCAUUUCCAUGGGCAAUACUAUACCACAAACAGUCUCAUCGGUCACCAGCACAGAUACUAUUUGGUCAAUGAAGUCAUUGUCACGGGGAGAUGUCAGUGCCACAGUCAUGCUGAGAUCUGUGACACCACAGGCCAACUGUAUCAAUGUCUCUGUGCUGAGCAGACCUUCUCCAAAGCCCUGCAUUGCGGUUGCUUCUCGCCUCUCUGUCAGGACAAGCCGUUCAGGCUACGUGACCAAGUCCACACUUUCAGCUGUAAACCUUGUCAGUGCCUUGGCCAUGCCAGAUGCUGCCACGACAACAUCUCCCUGAACCCUGUUCCUGUUGAGCACCACAGAGGGGACGACCGUGCCUGUGAGGACGGUGAGCACUACAUGACAGGAAGAAAUUGCGAGAUGUGUAAGGAUUACUUUUUCCAACAAGUUGGUACAGAUCCUUCAGCCAUGGAUGUUUGCAAAUCCUGUGAUUGUGAUAAAGUUGGUGCUAGAAACAAUUUCUUUUUUGAUCAGGUUGGAGACCAGUGUAAUUGUAAGAGACAUGUGUCUGGCAGACAUUGCAAUCAGUGCCAGAAUGGAUUCUACAAUCCACAAAGGCUGGAUCCUGAGGGCUGCAAGUCCUGUGAUUGUAAUACUUCUGAGAUGGUGGAAGGAGCUAUAACCUGUCACCCAAAUUCAGGCCAGUGCAAGUGCAAAGUCAAUGUUAUUGGACUUAAAUGCAAUCAAUGCAAUUUUGGAUUUAAAUUUCUCCGAAGUUUUCCUGAUGAUGGGUGUGAAGACUGCCAGUGUAACCUCCAUGGCUCAGUAGACAAGCUCUGCAAUGCUCUUUCUGGCCAGUGCAAGUGCAAAAAGGAAACCAGAGGACUUCAUUAUGACACCUGCAGAGAACACUUGUAUGGCCCAGAUGUCGCCAGGUGUAAGGCUUGUGACUGCGAUGCAGCAGUAUCCCUCCCUGGGAGUGUCUGUGAUGCCAGGACAGGGCAGGGCGCCCGUCACCUUAAUAUUGGAGGGAGACAGUGCAAUGAAUAUUUGGAAGGAUACUUUUACCUGCAGCAAAGUAAGUCUGUCCUCUGUCUACCUUGUAACUGUGCUAAGGCUGGAACCAUCAAUGACUCUGCUUGUGACACCUCAACAGGAUUGUGUCCUUGCAAAUUACGACUCACAGGUCCGCUCUGUGAUCAGUGUGAGUCCCAUAGGUACAAUGUGAUCAUUGGCAAUUUCCAAGGCUGCCGAGAGUGUGCAUGUAACUCCUUGGGGACAUAUCCUAGGACCAUUUGUGACCCAGUCAGUGGUCAGUGUCCAUGUUUGCCUAAUAUUCAAGGAAGAAGAUGUGAUCACUGUCAACCAGGUUUUUAUAUGUCUCCAGGCAAUGCUACAAGCUUCCUGCCAUGUUCAUGCCAUAGCACUGGGGCAGCACAUCCUGUCUGCUGUAGCCUGACCAGCCAAUGCCUUUGUCAAGAUGCUUCCGUCACAGGGCAAAGUUGGGACCAUUGUAAAGACUUUUACUUUGGAUUUGGAAGAUGUCAGUCUUGCAAUUGUCAUAUCUCAGGAGCCUUGAAUGAAACCAGUCACUCAGUCGCUGGCCAGUGCUUCUGUGAACGAUUUGUCACUGGCACCAAGUGUGAUGCUUGUGUUCCCAGUGCAAGCCAUUUGGAUGUCAGCCAUCUGUGGGGCUGCAGCAAAACUCCAUCCCAGCAACCUCCACCCAGAGGACAAGUUCAAAGUUCUUUGGCUAUCAAUCUCUCCUGGAGCCCACCUGAUUCUCCAAAUGUCCACUGGCUUACAUACAGCUUAUUCAGGGAUGGUUUUGAAAUGUACACAACUGAGAAUCAAUACCCAUAUGAUACUCAGCACUUCUCAGAUACUCCCCUGUCUCCAUUUCCGUCCUCCUCUGACCACAUCGCGACCAUCAGUGUGCCUGGUUUAAGGGGGAGCACAGGUGCCUCCUACAGGACAGUUGCAGGAAUUCCCGAGGGAAGCUUGAGCCUCAGUUCUCUUGUUACUGUUGCUUCAGCUGUAGUUAUGCAUCCCUGCGCCACACCCUCCAAUCAUCGUGGUCCUAUGGAGAGAGAGGUUUUGUCCUGUGCACCUGCAGGUGGUAUCCACCUGUUUGCUCCCUGUGAAGCGCAUGAAGCCUUGGCCAUCAUCUGGAAUCUGGCCCCAGUCACUAAGCACUAUUCUCCUAUGCAGUCCUGCACAAGUGGGGGCUGUCUACAAAGCUCACCCCUCAUGGUGACCACCACUCAGUCACCUCCCCAAGAACCAGGUGCCCCCGAGGUGUCCAAGAGCUGUCCCACGGAACUUCAUGUGGAAUGGUCUCCACCCAGGGAACCAAAUGGAGUAAUUACAAGAUAUGAAGUGUACGUGAAAAGAUUGAGAGCAAAUGGGAGAGACACCUCAGCAGAACCUCGAGUGUUUCAGAGCAGUGGCUGGGCCAGUCCUCAUCCCUCUGCAGAAUCAGCCACUAAAAAGGCAGGAAAGACUCCAUUGACCUCCAGGACCAUCGCCGACUUGGCACCCUACACCCAGUACCAGUUUGGGGGACUGGCUGGCAGUGUGGCUUCUGCCCGGGCUUCAGAAAGAACAGGAGGAUCAGCACCUGUGUUCAUCACCCCUCCUUCAGUCUCCCCUUUCUCCCCACACUCUCUCAAUGUUUACUGGGAGAAGCCAGCGGAUAAUGUCACAAGAGGAAAAGUUGUGGGGUGUGGCAUCCACAUGCCAUCUGAAGAGUCACCUCAGCAGUUCAGCCUGGUGGUGUCUUCCCAGAUACCGUACCAGGCUAAAUCCCAUGAAUGGCCUUAUAUUGGGGAAGAACUGAGACCUUGUAAGACAUUCAACUUUACUGUUGUCCUCUGUAUUUCUGCUGGAUGUGCUACCAGCUCUUCUGGAGCAGGACAUGCAUUGGCAGCAGCACCUGCCAACCUGAGGCCCCCUCUGGUGGGUGGCAUUAACAACACAACCAUCCAGAACAGGUGGCUUGCCCCACAAGAAUUGCAUGGACCCUCACCUCCUUAUCUGCUGGGAAGGAGAGAGACAUCCCUUCUGGCUUCCAGGGCCACCAUGAUGCAACAAGUCCAUUACAUAGGAAAAGGAUAUGAUGACUUUCCCAGAACCACCCACCCCAUCAAGGCAGUCUCUACUGGCAUCAAGGCCAGCUCUCGGGCAGUGGUGCCUGAAGGUGUGCUUGCCUUUCUGGCCUCCCCUGGCCCUCAGGAAGAGUAUUAUGCACUGUGGUUGAAGAAUGGACGUCCUUGUUUUCUUUUUGCUCCUCAGGGAUCUUCAGUAGAAGUUACCACAACCAAUGAUGAUGGUCAACAAUGUGAUGAUGGCAAAUGGCAUGAAAUAAUUGCUAGUAGGCAUCAAGCUUUUGGCCAAAUCACUCUUGAUGGUCAGUAUACAGGUUCCUUGCUUGCCCUGAAUGGGAGCCUAGUACCUGGAGAGAGCUCAGGGGUGUCUGAGCACCAGGGGUAUGCUGUUCUCAGGAAGGAGCCUGAAAUACCCCAAAAGGCUUUUGUGGGCUGUCUCCAGGAUGUGUCCUUUGUGAAGAAUUACAAUCCCACUGGAGUAUGUGAACCUCUGAUUUGGCAGAAUUCUGAAGAGCAAAUCAAUGUGUCUAACAACUGGGAGGGAUGUCCCUCUUCAUUACACGAGGGAGCCCAGGUCCUGGGAACAGGGUUAUUGGAACUUCUUCCAAACUUGUUUCAUGAAGGAAUGAACUUUGAGAUUUCUUUCAAUUUCAGAACUGACCGAUUAAAUGGAUGGCUUCUUUUUGUCUACAACAAAGACGGACCUGAUGUUCUUGCUAUAGAGCCAAAGAGUGGAAGGCUGAGCUUCUGGCUGAGCACCAGUCUUUCCUUCACCAGAGGGGCUGUAUGGCUGGGGCCAUGCUGUUGUGAUGGAGAGUGGAACACAGUCAUCAUCCAGAAGGGAGGCUCUGUCAUGUCUGCAGGCAUGAAUAACCUGAUGGAGGGCGCAUCCCAGCCCCAGCCCCAGACACAACCACUGACCAUGAGCUUCCUGGUCUACCUGGGUGGAGGCCCGCUGCUGGAUGCCUGUAGACUCCUGAGUUUGGAAAAAGGUUUCAGUGGUUGCAGAAAAGAUGUGGAAUUUGCUCAGGGUGCUGCUGUUCACUUGGCAUCUGUGUCCAGCAGUGCUGUCAGAGUCAAUCUGGAUGGAUGCCCAUCAGCUGACAGCACAGUUAACUGCAGAGGAAAUGACUCCAUCUUGGCUUACCUGGGGACAGAAGAGCGUGCUUGCAAGAGUGGGCUUCAGCAUGUUACAGACCAUCUGUUAGACAGGACUGUACUUUGCCCUGCACUGCAGUUCAGAACGAAUAAAAUCAACUUUGCUGCCGUUGCCCCUGUACCAGCACGUGACCGUGUGGGCUGGGUGUUUGCCAGAGGGGCCCGUGGUGUUUCCACUGCUGGCUUCUCCACCUGUGUGCUUCCUCUCAGCCUAGACGUUCACUUUGCCUCCCUGGAAGCUGUCCUUAUGGGCCUAACCAGUCAAGCUAAAGAGGUGAAUGCCGAUGUCAGACCGCCAAGAGUGAGCCUCCAGCCUCGUGGCCCGGGGGUCUGGGGAACUCCUCAAAGCGUGCCAACUCCCUCCAGAGUCCGCAGCUUGAAUGGAUACAGCAUGGAGGUGACCUGGGAUGAACCUGCCGCAGUCAGAGGUGUGGCUGAGGAGCACGUCCUGGCAGCUUACAUUCAGGACCAUCCCUGCCCACUCUGUGUGUGGGCUGCUGCCUCAGAAUUUGUCUACACCAGCACCCACACAGGCAUAUUGACAGGCUGGCUGCCCUUCAGAAGCUCUGCCAUAACCCUAACUGCUUGCACUCUGGCUGGCUGCACCGAGAGAACACAGACACUGAACAUCUCUACUCCACAAGAAGCUCCACAAGAGCUUCUGCCACCAGUAGCUAGAUCCCUGCCCAACUUGUCGUUACUCACCUGGAAUCCACCCAAAAAAGCAAGCAGUAUUAUAAGUCAGUACUCUUUAUAUAUGGAUGGAAUGCUAAUCUACUCAGACAGUGGAGUGAACCAUCCGGUCACAGACUUGGCAGUGUUUCCAGCCCACCAGUUUCUGGUCAGGGUAUGCACAUAUGUGGGCUCUACAGAUAGAUCCUUGGACCAACUACACCCAGUGCAGAUGCCACCAGAAAAUGUGGAUUCCCCGAAGCUGACAGUCCUGGAUUCUACGGCUUUCUACAUACAGUGGAAGCAACCAAGAAAAGUAAAUGGAAUUCUCGAGUACUGCAUAUUACAUAUUUCAAAUCACACACAUGGUUUUACAAUGUGGGAUGUCAUCCAUAAGAAUACUGAACUUUUUGAGGACCGUACGCUGCGAUAUCUUUCCCCUGGAAAUAAGUACCUCUUCACACUGGGGGCUUGCACAGGUGGGUGCACAGUGAAUGUGGCCAGUGAAGCCCAGCCCGAGGAGCGUGGGCCUGAAGGCUCUCCAGUCCCCAAAGCACACUCAGAUUCACCCCACUCCAACAUCUCCUGGUCUGAGCCUGAAUAUCCAAAUGGUGUUAUCACCAGUUAUGAACUCUAUCUGCAUGGCCUAUUAGUUCACAAUUCCUCCAAACUCAGCUGGCAUGCUUCUGGGUUUGUUCCUGGGAGUUUACACAUCUUCAGAGUCCAUCUCUGCAUGGCCAAAGGUUAUUCUUUGGGCCCCCAGGUGGAAAAUUGCAGUCUAGAAGCCCCUCCUGAAGGAGCAGUAAGUGUACUGCCUAAAACAGAGGGAUCCCAGGAAGCCCACAUGCGGUGGGAAGCCCCUCCUCACCCCAACGAACAUGUACUCUGCUCCAUCAUUUGUACUGGGAUUUUGUAUGCAGAGCAAGCAUACAAUAAUGGCACUCUUCUGAAUGGCACACAAAUUAUACACAGUGCCGAAGAGAACAACCUUUGUGUGUCCAUCCAUGGCCUGGCUUCUUUUCCUGACUGUACUGUGCAAGUGGAGGCUUCAGACAGCUCCGACAGCUCGACAAGGGGUCCCCCAGCACUUGCAGAGCACCCCGGGGCUCCAGAUGGCACGCUGCCUCCCAGGCUCUCAUCUGCUGCCCCAGCCCGUCUUCAGGUUGUCUGGUCUACACCAGCUCUCAACAACGCCCCUGGCUGUCCCAGAAACCGGUUCCAGAUGAGGACUGGCCACCCCAGCCGAGGAUUUCUACAGCUAUUUUCUAAUCCUUCUGCAACAGUAAGCUAUGAAGUGAGAGAGUUUCAGUUCUACACAGAGUGUGAAUUCUGGCUGGUGGCCUCCAGUGGAUUCAGCAGUGCAAGUGGCCCUCAGGUCCCCUUCAUGACCACAGAGGACAGACCUGUGCCCAUAGAACCUCCUACUCUUCUGGACACGAGCUCCAGAUUGAUGUUGGUGACUUGGCAGCACCCUUUGCAGUGCAAUGGGGUUAUUACCUACUAUACCAUUUGCCAAGUUGGUCAUCUCUGCUUGAAAAUUUCUGGAAAUGUUACGAAUUGCAUGGUGACCCAGUUUCGCCCACACACCACCUGUGAGUUUCAGGUUGAGGCCAGUACUGCAAAAGGGUGCUCCCUGUCUGCAGAGUCCCAGACUAACUGGACAUUGCCAGCUGCACCAGAAGGCAUCCCGGCUCCAGAGCUGUUGCCAGAUUCCUCUAUAUCUGUGAUUCUGUCUUGGCAGUCCCCCACCCGCCCCAGUAGCUUGGCAGAGAACUUCAGAAUGGACAGAAGAGUCCAUGGGAAGGAAGAAAUGACUGUACUGGCCACACUCCCAAAAAGUCAUCCCAUGAGGCAUAUUGACAAGACUGACGUUCACAGCCUGUGGACCAGAUAUGAAUUCAAAGUAUUGCUGAGCCCCCUCCGUGCAGGUACAGACAUCAGUGCUUGGGCGGAAGUGACCACAAGACCCUUCAGAUCUGCUGGGAUCCAGGCCCUCUCAGUGCAAGUGCUGGGGCCAGAGGCAGCCAAGGUCACUUGGAAUCCCCCACUCAUUCUGGAUGGAAAUGUGCUUAGCUACGAGAGCUGCUUGCCUGACCCUCACGUGAUGAUAACCGGUGUUAAUGCUACUUCCUCUGUGUUCAGUCAUGUGAUCAUGCAUUUGAAGCCUUUCCUGAAUUAUUCGAUCACCAUUGUGUCUUGCUCAGGAAGGAACAGGAAUCUGGGAAAAUGCACAGAGCAUUUACCUGCCCAUGACUCCACCCAGCCCACCCUGUCCCAGGAUGUCCGCCCCUUGCUGAUGAGCCUGCUAAGUGCAUCCUGUAUUGGGAGUUCUUGGCAAAACCCAUUAAUGCCAAAAGGAACUAAUUUGAGGAAAGAAUAUGAGCUUCUGAGAUGUAAAAUCCAGCAACCACUUGCAUCAAAUCCCCCAGAAGAUUUAAAUCUGUGGCACAAUAUUUAUUCAGGAACUCGGUGGUUUUAUGAAGAUAAGGCUCUUAGCAGGUUUACAACCUGUGAAUACAAGGAGUUGGUACACAGCAAUGUGGGCUUCACCCCAAGUCCAGAAGCGAGUGUGACCACGUCAGCGGGUCUUUCCAAGAAAGCAGCCAACCUCCUGGCCACUGUUCUCAGCCACAGGAGCACAGAAAUGAGAUGGACUUUACCAACUUUUCAAGGCCUACAAGGUGAUGUUGAAUAUUACACACUUUUUUGGAAUUCUGCUACCUCAAAUGAAUCUCUCAAAAUCCUCUCAGAUGUAAACGCUCAUGUCAUUGGUCACUUAAAUCCAAACACAGAGUAUUGGAUUUUUAUCUCUGUCUUCAAUGGAGUUCACAGCAUCAACAGUGAAGUACUUCGAGCUACCACUUGUGAUGGGGAGCCUCGGGGCAUGCUUCCUCCAGAGGUUGUCAUCAUCAACAGGACAGCUGUAUGUGUCAUCUGGACGUCUCCUUCAAACCCAAAUGGUGUUGUCACUGAAUAUUCUGCCUAUGUAAAUAAUAAGCUCUACAAGACUGGAAUGAAUGUGCCCGGUUCUUUCAUUCUGAGAGACCUGUCUCCCUUCACUAUCUAUGACAUAAAGGUCGAAGUCUGCACAAAAUAUGCCUGUGUGAGAAGAAAUGAAACCCAAAUCAGGACUGUGGAAGGCACACCAAGCAACAUGCCAACACCCAUAAUUGGUGGCAUCACUUCAAGGUCCCCUCUCAUUGAUUGGAUGUCUCCAGGGAACCCAAAUGGCAUCAUUCUGGGAUAUGAUCUCUUUUGGAAAACAUGGUGUCCAUGCCCCAAAACCCAGAAGUUAAUGAGGGACAGUGGUGGUGAGCUCUGCCAAGUAGUGACAAGUCAAAAGCUUGAGACUGUUUAUGGACACAGGUGCUAUUCUCCUGAAACUAAGGUUUGUUGUAAUGGAAUGCUCUAUGAUCCCCAGUCUGGAUACCACUGUUGUGAAGACAAGUGUAUCCCAUUUCUUUCCAAUUCAACUGAAAGUGUUUGUGGUGGCAGAAUUGAAGAAGCAUGGCCAACCCAUCACUGUGGCUCUGAGUAUCAUGUUAGAAACCUACCAGGUGAAGUAUGCUGUCCAGAUGAACAACAUAAUCGGGUUUCCACUGGCAUCAGCGACUCCUGCUGUGGCCGAAUGCCGUACUCCUCCUCAGGAAACCAGAUUUGCUGUGCUGGGAGGCUCCAUGAUGGCCAUCGCCAGCAGUGCGAUGGUGGACAGAUUGUGAACAAAGAUGUGGAGUGCUGUGGUGGAGAACAAGAGGGUGUGGUGUACAGACAUCUUCCAGGGGUGUUCUGUUGUGGCCAGGAUUAUGUGAAUAUGUCAGGUACCAUAUGCUGCUCAGCUUCCAGUGGAGAGUCUAAAGCACAUGUUAAAAAGAAUGACCCAAUGCCAGUAAAAUGCUGUGAGACCGAGCUCAUUCCAGAGAGCCAGAGAUGCUGUAAUGGAGUUGGAUAUAAUCCUUUGAAAUAUGUUUGCUCUGACAAGAUUUCAACUGGAAUGACGAUGAAGGAGACCGGAGCAUGGCGGACUGUCUGCCCAGCGUCGACACAAGGCCCAGCACAAUGCGGCAGGUGCAACUUCCACUUUACCAGCCACAUCUGUGCUGUGAGAAGAGAGCCUCAAAAUUCCACGGGGAAGGCGUCAAUCGAAGAAAUAUGCUCAUCUGCUGAAGAGACUGUUUGUACUGGAAGUGCAGACACAUUCUCCUUUGCAGAUGUGAACCUGGAGCCCUGUGCAAUGUAUGAGUAUAGUGUGUCUAUUUGGAAUAUCUAUGGACGAGGAUUUAGCAAAGCCAUAAGGGCCAGUGCAAGCAAAGACAUGUCUCAGGGAGUGAGUUCCCCAACGAGGAUCAAUAUGGAUAAUUGUGAAGAUGCGAUAGUCUUAAAUUGGAGGAAAACUGAACAAUCAAAUGGUCCUAUUAUUUACUUCAUUCUUCUCCAAGAUGGAAUCGAAUGCUCUGAGGGAACAUUGCUGAGCUUCUCUGACACAAAGGGAAUCCAGCCUUUUCAGGAAUAUUCCUACCAGCUGAAAACUUGCACAAUUGUGCGCUAUACUGCCAGCAGCAAGGUAGUAGUGACUACCAGCCAAGGGGUUCCACAGAGCAUCCUGCCCCCAAGAGUCACAGCCCCCAGGGUGGGGGUCCUGCCUCUGAACUGGAGCGUCCCUGAGAAGCCCAAAAGUGAAAGUACUAAGUACCAGUUUAGGCAGGCGGGGAAGGGGCUCAUCCUCAACAUCACACACAGGAGGCGGCACAUGGUCACAGGUCUCCAGCCAUUCACCAACUACAGCUUCACUCUUACAGCUUGUACAUCUGCUGGAAGUGCUUCAAGUGAGCCUUUUCUAGGUCAGACACCACAGGCAGCCCCUCAAGGAGUUUGGAUGACACCCCAACUCAUCAUCAUCAGUUCUACAACAGUGGAAUUAUAUUGGAGUCUCCCUGAAAAACCCCGUGGCCUCUUUGCUCAACAUAAGUUGAGUAGUAAAGGAACCUCAGUUUUCCUGCAAGGCAGUGAGAAGCGGAACUUCACUGAUAAAACCCUCUUGCCCAACAGCCGAUACAUUUGCAAGUUAGAGGCCACAACUGGAGGUGGUAGCGGCCCCAGUGAUGGUUAUAUUGUGGAAAAAAUUCUUCACCUCCCUGAAGAAAUCCAGCCUCCAUAUAAUAUCACAGUAAUUGGACCUUACUCCAUAUUUGUAGCUUGGAACUCCUCAGGGAUUCUCAUCCCCAAAGUGCCUAUAGAAUACAACGUCUUACUCAGUGCUGGAAGCCCAGCACCUCGGACUUCCUCUGCUAGUCAUCACCAGUCCAUCCUUCUGGAAAAUUUGGCUCCAUUCACACUGUAUGAGAUAAGAAUACAAGCAUGUCAAAAUGGAGGUUGUGGAAUUAGUGAUAGGAGGUUUGUCAAAACAUCUGAAGCAGUCCCAAUGGAUCUAGAUGCCCCCGUUCUUAAGGCACUGGGAUCAGCUUGCAUAGAAGUUAAAUGGACGCCACCAAAAAUGCCAAAUGGAGUCAUCACCAACUACUUCAUUCACAGACGUCCUGCUGGUGAGGAAGAGGUAUCCCUUUUAUUUGUCUGGUCAGAAGGAGUCCUUGAAUUUACUGAUGCCACAGACACUCUGAGACCUUUCAUGCUCUAUGAAUAUCAGGUGAGAGCCCACAAUUCCAUGGGCUCAGUGGAAAGUUCAUGGUCGUCAACCUGGACUCUGGAAGCUCCACCUCAGGACCUGCCAGAACCAUGGGCUCAGGCCACCAGUGCUCAUUCAAUCCUGCUCAACUGGACAGAGCCCAGGUCUCCCAAUGGCAUCAUCUCCCAGUACCAUGUAAUCUACCGGGAGAGACCAGAUGACCCGACAGUUAACGUCUCUAUCGUGCAUGCCUUCACAGUUACGGGAACAAGUCAUCAAGCCCACCUAUUUGGGCUAGAACCAUUCACAACUUAUCAUAUUGGGGUUGUGGCUGCAAACCAGGCAGGAGAAGUUUCAAGCCCCUGGACUCUGGUUCGAACCCUAGAAUCUUCUCCAAGUAGACUGAGAAACUUCACAAUUGAACAGAAGGACAACAGCCAGGCAUUGUCCCUGAACUGGUCAGAGCCUGUGAGAACCAAUGGUGUGAUUAAGGCUUACCACGUCCUCAGAGACAGCGUGCUGGAGUACUCUGGCCUGAAGCGCCCCUUCCUCUUCCGGCGCCUUCACCCCUUCACACUCUACACACUGACCCUGGAGGCCUGCGCUGGCGCUGGCUGUGCACACGCGGUGCCCCGGCCUCUGCAGACGGGUGACGCCCCUCCGCACUCGCCGUCUGCUCCUGCCAUCCAGUCUGUGGGUCCCACCAGUGUGGAGCUGAGCUGGACUCAGCCUGUAAAUCCAAAUGGAAAGAUACUCCGCUAUGAAGUGGUGCGCAGAUGCUUCCGGGAAGGAACUGGGAGGAGUCCGGCAAUCCCUGCAGAGGAAAAAAUAGUUUUCACAGAAUAUAAUACUGAAAAGGAGACCUUUAUGUAUAAUGACACAGGUUUGCAGCCAUGGACGCUUUGUGAAUAUAAAAUCUAUGUUUGGAACUCAGCAGGCCAGACCUGUGGCUCUUGGACUAUGGUAAGAACAAAGCAAGCACCCCCAGAAGGUCUUUCUCCACCCAAGAUAACCUAUGUGUCUACGAAUCCCAACAAGCUGCUGAUUUCCUGGAUCCUUCCAGAACAAUCUAAUGGUGUCAUGCAGUCCUAUAGGCUUGUAAGGAACGGCCUGCUCCUUCCUUUCAGCUUUGACGCUGUGACUUUUAACCACACGGAUGAUGAGCUGCUUCCGUUUUCCAAAUACAGCUAUGCACUCAGAGCCUGCUCUGGGGGAGGCUGUGCCACGAGCAGUCCUGCCAGUGUCACUACUUUGGAGGCUGCUCCAGCUGGGCUCAGCCCUCCGGCUCUUAAAGUCAUUGGGGCCACCCAAAUAAAUGUAUCUUGGUCCCCACCAUCAAUUCAGAAUGGAAAGAUCACUCAAUAUUUACUGCGGUGUGACGGCAGGGAGUACCCAGCAGAGCAGGGCCUGAACCUGCUGGUCUCCCAGCUGCAGCCUCACACUCAGUAUAAUUUCUCGCUCGUGGCCUGCACACUUGGAGGCUGCACAGUUAGCGAGCCCCAGUCUGCCCGGACCAUGGAGUCCCCGCCUCAGUACAUGGACCCCCCGAGACUGCAAGUCACAGGCUCAGCAUCCAUAGAAAUCACCUGGAGCCCUCCCAGAAAUCCAAAUGGCCAGAUCACAAGUUAUGAACUGCGGCGAGACGAAGCCCUGGUGUACACUGGUCUGGGCACCCACUAUCACGAUGUCUCCCUCGCCCCAGGUGUGGAAUACGGCUACGCAGUGGUUGCCAGCAACAGUCAAGGUGGUGUUUUGAGUCCAGUCGUGAAAGAGCAAACCAGCUCUUCAGCACCCUCAGGCCUGGAACCCCCCGAACUGCAAGUCAAGGGUCCUCACGAGAUCUUGGUGACUUGGGACCCUCCAGUGAGGACAAAUGGACACAUCGUCAACUAUACCCUCUUCAUCCAUGAGCUGUUGGAAAGAGAAACAAAAUCCAUCCACACAAACUCAACUCAUGAAGCUGCAGGCACCCAGUCGCUCAUAGUAAGCCAGCUAAAGCCAUUUCACAGGUAUGAGGUCCGAAUUCAAGCCUGCACCCUUCUGGGGUGUGCCUUCAGUGGCUGGACAUCCAUACAGACCCCCGAGGUUACACCACUGCUGCAACCACCCCCUCAACUAGAGGUCUGGAUGGCUCCAGGGAGAUUCCAGCCAAUGGUCUCCCUCCUCUGGACGGGACCCCUUCGGCCCAAUGGAAAAGUUUUAUAUUAUGAAGUAUACAGAAGACAGGUAGCAACCCAGGCUGGAAGGUCAACUCCUGUGCUCACCUAUAAUGGAAGCUCCAGCUCUUUUAUGGACUCGGAACUCCUGCCCUUCACAGAGUAUGAGUAUCAGGUCUGGGCAGUGAAUUCAGCAGGAAAAGCUACCAGUAACUGGACAUGGUGCAGAACUGGGCCAGCACCUCCAGAAGGACUCGGGGCCCCCAAGUUCCAUGCAGUUUCAUCCACCCAAGCAGUGGUGAACAUCAGCACCCCCAGGACACCCAACGGGAUCAUCAGCCUCUACAGGUUGUUCUCCAACACCAGCGGGGUGGAGAACGUGCUGUCUGAAGGCACAGCCACCCAGCAGACCCUCCACCACCUGCAGCCCUUCACUACCUACUCUGUCGGUGUAGAGGCCUGUACCUGCUUCAGCUGCUGCAGCAAAGGCCCAACAGCCCAGCUGAGGACUCAGCCUGCUCCACCCUCCAAACUGUCCUCCCCUCAAGUAAAGACACUGGCCUCCAGGAUGGUCUCCUUCCAGUGGAGCGCCCCUUUUCUCCCCAAUGGUGUCAUUCAAAGCUAUGAGGUCCAGCUCCGACUGGACUGUCCUCCUGAGUCAGCCACCGCUUGCACUCCCGGCCAGCCAGAGACCAAAUACGUGGGACCUGAGCAGAGCACCAGCCUGGGGGGGCUCCAGCCCUCCUCCACCUACAAGGUGAGGGUGGUGGCCCACAACGAGGUGGGCAGCACCGCUUCCAAAUGGAUCAGCUUCACCACCCGAAAGGAAGUACCACAGGUUCGAGCCCCGGUGUGGGUGAACAGCAGCGCAUCAACAGUGUGUGUGAACUGGAGCGGCACCUUCCUUCCAAAUGGCCGGCCGAAGGAGUUUGUUCUAACGGACAGAGGGCAGCGCCUGUACAGUGGCCUCGACACCACCUUCUGUCUUCCAGGAACUGCGGACAAAACCUUUGUCUUCCAGGUGACCUGUGUUACAGAUGAAGGAAGUGUGAAAACCCCUUUGAUCCAAUAUGAUGCUUCUGCUGGGUUUGGUCUGGUGCUCACAACUCCUGGAGAAAAGAGGGGAUCAGGGCACAAAAACACAGAAUUCUACAGAGAGCUAUGGUUCAUAAUGCUGAUGGCGAUGCUGGCCUUGAUCCUGUUGGCCAUUUUCCUGUCCCUGAUACUACAAAGAAAAAUCCGCAAAGAACCAUACAUCAGAGAGAGACCUCCCUUAGUGCCCGUUCAGAAGAGGACACCUUCACUGAGCGUGUACCCACCGGGGGAAACCCACAUGGGAUUAGCUGAUACCAAGAUCCCCCGAUCUGGGACACCCGUGAGUGUCAGGAGCAACAGGACCUUAUCUGUACUGCGGGUCCCCAGUCAGAGCCACGUCAGCCAAGCCUACUCCCAAGACUCCCUCCACCGCAGCAUCAGUCAACUCAUGGACAUUCAAGAUAAGAAAGUUCUGGUCGAUGACUCACUGUGGGAAACCAUCAUGGGCCACGAUAGUGGACUGUAUGUGGAUGAAGAGGACCUCAUGAAUGUCAUCAAGGGUUUCAGCUCAGUGACAAAGGAGCACACCACCUUCACCGACACCCAGCUGUGA